AUGGAGAUACAGGAUACAGAAGUGAAGAGAGCAUUAAGGAAAAUGAAGAAUGGUAAAUCACCAGUUCCAUCGGAGUUCCAAAUUGAAAUUAUCAAAUUACUAGGUACAGAGGGGGAGAAAUGGAUGCUGGAUUUAUUAAAAACUAUAUGUGAAGAAGGAGAAAUGCCAAUGGACUGGGAUGAGAGUCUAAUGGUAUAUAAAUACAAGCAGAAGGGAGAUGUCAUGGGUUGUGGUAAUUACAGGGGAAUUAAACUAACAGAGCAUAGAUUGAAAGUUUUAGAGAGAAUACUGGAUGAGAGAUUAAGAGAGAUUGUAAAGAUUUGGAAACAGCAGCAUGGAUUCAUGAGAGGAAGAGGGACAGUGGAAGCCAUCUUCAUAGUAAGACAGCUACAGGAAAAGAGGCUAACGGGAAACCAGGAGCUCAUUUGUGGAAUUAUAGACCUAGAGAAAGCAUACAAUAGAAUGAAAGUUGAAAAAGAAACCCACAAAAUCACUGUGUAA